AUGUCGGCAAAUCGCAGCCUCACAAAGGCGUUCCGCCCAUUGACGCAGAGCACCGCCUCCUCCUCGAAACAGGCGCUCUCCACCUCGACCCGCAGCAGCGUCGCUUCUUCGCACAGCCGAUCCGCUUCCACAGCAGUAGCAUCCUCGUCCAGCAGCACCGAAGUCGCACCAACGCCGUCUUCGUCAACCUACGUCCACGAUCCGACCCCCAACGUCCACCUUCCGCGUCUCGCACGCACCGAGCCCGAGCUCUACGCCGCUGUCCGCCCACCACCUGUCUCCGCCUUCGCCGCGCUCUCGGCCCGUCUUGGGCUGACGCCUUCCUCUGUUGAUGCUGAGACGCGCGACCGUCGCAUCCGACUCGUUCAUCAGGCAUGCACACACCCCUCCUUCCAAGCGCUGGUCGACAAGGCGGCAGCGGCGCAAUUCGAACCGUCCGCAUCCAUCUCCGGCCUUACGAAGAAGGACGGCUCCACUGCACUUGACGCUGCUCAGUUCCUCUCCUUCUCAGCGGAGGGCGUCGAGCACCAUGCAGCCCUGGCCACGGUCGGCAACUCGCUUCUAGGCAUGCUUGCAACGGAAUACCUGCAUCUGCGCUACCCGAACCUGCCGACGCGGGUCCUCAAAGCCGCGGUCUCCGCCUACGUCGGACCCCUCACGCUCUCCGAUGUCGGCUCUGAACUCGGCAUCACAGCACCGGGUUUGCUGCGGUGGAACAAAUCCGCUCGCAUCCCUACCGGCGCCAACUCGACGCAAAAGCGUGGUGGACGCGGCGCACCUCGUCUGCCGGGUGCAACAAGCCCAACGCGCACCCUGCUCAGCAAGGACGUCGAGGCGGACGCCAUGCGCGCCCUCGUCGCCGUCAUCUUCCAAGAACAAGGUCUCGCGUCCACACGUCGUUUCGUCAUCGCCCACUUCCUCCAACGCUCCCUCAACCUCGCCGGCAUGCUCAAAUUCUUCGACCCCAAACACGCGCUUGCCUCGACAUGCGCAAAGUACGGCAAGCCACCCCCGCAGUCCAGGAUGGUCGCCGAAAGCGGGCGAUUGAGUAUUGCGCCCGUUUUCGUGGUAGGCGUUUGGAGUGGCGAGACCAAGGUCGGAGAGGGCAGUGGAAGUAGUAUCCGGAUGGCAGAGUUUAGGGCGGCGGAAGAUGCGUUGCGACGGCUGUAUUUGGCUGAGACGCCACUGGGUGAUUUCGAUUUGCCCAGCUGUACGUUGGAUGGGCUGUUCGGGGGUAGUAGCGAGGUGAGUGUGGAAGCGGGGCAGUUCAGGGCUCAGCCGCUGGGUGAGGCCGAGGUGCUGGCAGCUGCUGGCAAGAGUAGGCAUUGA